CAUUUUAUAGUUUUUUGUUAAUUUCUAAUUAAAACUUACCUUUAUUCUAAUUGUGAUUUAUUAAUUUUCUUUGAUUGAAACUUGAUUAAGACCUUUGGUUGGAUUGUUUUCUUUUGUCUUUGUCCACGUUGGUUUAGAUUCUCAGGUGAAAUUGAUUUUCCAUUUUCUGGUUAUUGUUCUGCUGUAUUGUUGUAAUUUAAGUUGAUUAUUAUGGCGACUUACACUUGUUUAACCUGUAAGGUUAAUUUCUCAACCAAUGAAUGGCAAAAGCAACACUAUAAAAGUGAAUGGCAUCAGUAUAAUUUAAAGCGUAAAUUGGUUGAUCUUAAUUGUGUUCCAUUUGAUACCUUUGAGAAGAUUAAAGCUCGACAAGUGGCCGCUGAAAUUAAAGAGAAUACCAGAGAGACGAAUAAAUAUUGUGCCGCUUGUCGUAAAGCGUUUUCAUCGACCGCAGCAUUUGACCAACACUGUCAAAGUAAAAAACACCGAGAAAUGGUUGAGAGGAAAGAGAUUAAAGAUUCAAUUGCUGCCAAGAAUCCAAAACCAUUACCACCAUCAGAAGAAUCUGUGAUUAAAUCUGAUUCUAUGAUGAAUGAAUUAGCUUCAGAAGAUGAAGAUGAUGAUGACGAUUAUGAGACAGUCGAUGAUGAUUAUGAGGAGGGUAAAAAUGCUCUCAGGCCUGAUCAGUGUUUCUUUUGCCUUCGGGAAGCAGAUUCAAUGGAAGAGAAUAUUAAACAUAUGAGUUUAUCUCAUUCAUUUUUUAUUCCUGACAUUGAUUAUGUUACCGAUUUGGAAUCUUUAUUAACCUAUUUGGGUGAAAAAAUUGGAAUCGAUCAUGUUUGUCUUUGGUGUUCUUAUAAUGGUAAAACCUUUCGAUCAACUAAAUCUGCUCAACAACAUAUGCUUUGUAAGGGACAUUCAAAGAUCAACUUUGAACAGGCUGAUGUACUCAUGGAAUAUGCUGAUUUUUAUGAUUACUCUAAAUCUUAUCCUGAUGCUGAAGGUGCUGAUGCAGAUGAAGAGGUUAAAAUUGAUACUCUUACUGUAGACGAUGAUUCCUGGCAACUUGUCCUUCCUUCCGGAUCGGUUAUUGGCCAUCGAUCAUUGUUACGUUAUUAUAAACAAAAUUUAAGGCCAAUCGUUGAAAAACUUGGACAUGGUUCUAGUACUAAUCAAAGAAUCUUGGAUAAGGUGAUGAAUAAUUACAAAGCUCUUGGAUGGACAGGAAUCAAAGGUGAAGCUGCGGUCAAACGAGCCAAAGAUAUUAAUUAUUUCAAUAGAUUAGUUGCUCGUCGUAAUUUGGACAUUGGAAUGAGACACAAUCGAAUCUUAACUAAAUACUUUAGGCAACAAGUUCUCUUCUAGUUGUUUAAAUGUGAAAUUUUCUUUAAUUGUGGACAUUUACUUGUUUAUCAAUUGGUUUACUCUUAUUCUUUUUCUUUUGGAUAACAAUUUAUUAAUUGUUAAAACAACGAAUCGACAGCAAAGAAAAACAAACUUCAUUCUUCAUUUAUUUUCUUCUUCUUCUUUUCUAUUCUUGGAAGAACCAAAAUUUUCUCUUUUUGGACAUCUCUGUAAAAAUUGAAAUUAUAUUAAUUGUAUUGGACAAUUCAUCGAGCAAUCAAUUUUCAAUAAAAAUUAGAAGAAAAAUUUAA